GGGUGCAGUGUAUCGCCGAGUCUGAGGAGAAAGCCACCGAAGGAUGCCCGUCUUUCAGGUGAGAUUCAGCGGGCUAUAAUGAUAAUUAAUCUAAAUUGAAGGCAGACAAACGUUCCCGAGCGUCUCCCGCUUACAGCUGAAGGGAAGGACACUGACAGGAAGAUGCCAACAGUAUGCGGUGACUGAGACUGUGGCCUGAAGGCACAGUGGAUCAGGUGGCGGCAGCAGCAGCACCAGUCAGCAGGCAUCUAGCUUAGAUGAAGGAUGAAGAGCCCGGUGCACAGAUGCAGGGAUGUGGAGCACGGGCGGGGGCAGGGCGGGGCCGGGGCUGGUACCACCACCACCUGCCUGCAGGCCGAGCAGCGCAUCCCUAUCUCCAAAGAUGUCAUCACUUCCUCCUCUGCCUCCGCCAUGUGGUUUAUCAGGGACGUCUGUGGCAUCGUGUGCGCCGUCAUCACCUGGCUGCUGGUGUUGUACGCGGAGUUCGUGGUACUGUUUGUGAUGCUGCUGCCAUCCAAGAAUCUAACGUACAGCAUUGUGAAUGGGACCCUGUUCAACAUUUUGGCCUUCCUUGCCCUUGCCUCACACCUCAGGGCCAUGUGCACUGACCCUGGGGCAGUGCCAAAAGGGAACGCUACUAAGGAAUACAUAGAAAGCCUUCAGCUGAAACCAGGGCAGGUGGUCUACAAAUGUCCCAAGUGCUGCAGCAUCAAGCCUGACCGAGCACACCACUGCAGUGUUUGCAAACGCUGCAUACGGAAGAUGGACCACCACUGCCCCUGGGUCAAUAACUGUGUUGGGGAGAACAACCAAAAGUACUUUGUGCUUUUCACAAUGUACAUUGCACUCAUCUCUCUCCACGCUCUGCUCAUGGUGGUCUUCCAUUUCCUCUACUGCUUUGAAGAUGAUUGGACAAAGUGCAGUUCCUUCUCUCCUCCAGCAACAGUCAUCCUCCUCAUACUCCUGUGCUUUGAGGGUCUCCUCUUCCUUAUCUUCACCUCUGUGAUGUUCGGCACCCAAGUCCACUCCAUCUGUACCGACGAGACCGGGAUCGAGCGUCUGAAGGGAGAGACGGGAAAGUGGGGGAAGAUGUCGUGUUGGGAGUCCAUGCAGAUGGCGUUCGGCAGCCCGUUCUCUCUAUCCUGGUGCAGCCCCUUCGCAGGGCUGAGCUGCAAGAAGAGCCCUCCAGAGCACAUCCCGGUCCAACAGGGGGAGAUAAUCGAAGAGGACGUCAUAGAAAUACCACUCAACUAGCUCUGCCUGCAGUCAGGAAGGCAUGCGCCACUCUACAAGACUUUAUCAGGGCUUUCUACUUAGCGAGAAACCACCUGAGAUUUUAAUAUAAACUUUUUAUCUCAAAGACUUUCUAUACUUGAAGAUAUCACAUGCAACACGUCCACUUUCUCUCCCAGUGUUGAUGCAGCUAUUUGUAGGAUGUACAGGACAGUAAACUUAGAUUCUGUGAGUGCUUUUACCAAACUACCAUGGUGAUCCUUCAUAAAUGUCCUGCGAUAAGAGGGAGUCUAAUUCCACGUGGAAAUGAUCCUUUACUUCUAACUCAUGCUGCCAAAGCUGCAGUAUUUUCCUUAAAGCAUUGUGUAAAAAACUAACUGGGGAAGUGAAGGAGCUGAAGGACUCCGAGCUGCUGUCAUGCAACCAAAGUGUUUCUGACUUUAGGAGAGAAGAUUUUGAAGCAUCUAAUCGAGCUGUCUCAGGAGAACACCACUAAUAGUAGCACUAACUGAAGCGUGAGCAGUUUGCUUUCAACCACUUUGCUGUCUCUGAUGCCUUUUGUGAGGAUUUUGAUCCACUGUGCCUUACCUGUCCUGACAAGCAGACCUUUCAGUGUGUAUGAUGUAUUGUUCAACCACUCACUGGUCUUGUUCUGGUGUCUUGGUCCGGAGUCGCCAUUUUCAUUACUUUUUAAACCUCUCUGUUGCACAUAUGGAAUAGUUGGUCAUUGUGAGGAAGAGAUUAUUGUGUAAAUGAUUAAACUGCUGGAUAAGGGCUUUUAACUGUUCAAUGGGUGCUGGUUACCAUGGGACCACUCAUGUUUUCUCAUGUUUACAUUAUUUUAACAAACUGUUUUAUCAUUGUUUGGGUUUCAUUUUUUAAUUCUAAAAUACAUGGAAAUAUUUCAUGUAUCUGUUCAUCACAAACUGUUCUGUUUGUAAGAUUUCUUCUGUGAAUAAUAAAGAAACAGCACCAA